AUGGCGUUUGUACGAUUGCUUCUAACUUCCCAAAGACUGCAAAGCUAUAAGAAUGCAUUAAUAGAGGAAAAGCAAGAAGCUAUUAAAUAUGAAACUACGAAAAGAAGAAGGUUCAAAUUUGCCUAUGUUGGAAUCAAAAUUCAACAACGAUUAAAACAAUUAAGGAGAAGAAUAGGAUACUGUUGUUGUUGCAAAAAAUUUUGCUUUAAUCUGAAACAUUCGGGAAGCGUGCAGAACUAUGUUUUCAAAAGUAUCGUUGGGUUUUUCGGAGGAUUAUUUUUGACUUAUAUAUUGUUUAUGUUUUUCAUUUUUCAAUUGAAUUUAACUUUUUCCACUGCUACUAUCAUAUGCUCCAUUUUGGGAUGCAUUUUGGUUAACGGAUUGGCCUUCAGUUCUAAAGUCAGGUGUGUGGUGUUAUUAACAUUGCCUCAUUUUUUCUCCGAAAGAGGUCGCCAAUUACUAGUUGCUUAUGCUUUAAUUUUGGUUGUUUCUGGUCCUGUUAAAAAUAUUUUAAAUAAUCUUGGGAUUCUGAGUGAGUCUCUUGCAUGUGGACAAGAGCAACUUAAAUCAAUUGUUAGACAAAUCGUGGAAGUUAUAAAAAAACCAUUUUAUGCUCUAAAAGAUGCUAUUAAAAAGGUAAUAGAAACUGUGAAGAAAAUCAUCAAAAAAAUCAAAGAAAUAUUAAUAAAAAUAAAAAGAAUUGUUAUGGCGAUACUUAGAGUGAUAAAAGCAGCUUUUAUGUUUCUGGCGAAGAUAAUAAAUAUUUGCAAUAAAGAGCUCGGUACACCUUUUGAAAGAUGUAGCAGAGUUUUUGACAACGCGAUUACCGACUGCAAUGCUAAACUGGGCUCUUUCUUCAGCUGGAUGUGUUCUAUCACAUAUAUAGUUAAAUCUGUCUGCUACUUAGUGAAGAUAUUCGAUUUUGUCUGUAUGAUCGUUGAUUUUUUCAAAGAUUCAAUUAUCGGUGUAGUAGUCAGAAAAAUAAAAGGAUUCAUACGACACAUACGUACAAUGUUCUACGUUAGGAUAAGAUUUUCACACUCGUACCAUUUUGAAAGUAAAGCUUCGAAGAGUAUAUCUGUGAUAUCUAAGGAAAUAUUGGAGGAAAUAAGAGAAAGAACACGGGUUCUUUCGACUGUUUUCAAUUUUUUUUCGUCGACAGCUUCGUUGUUCUUCAUAUUUAUGAUUGUGAAAGUUAUCAUUUAUAGAUACAGAUUCCUGACAAAUGAUAGCUUCGACAACAAAUUCAUUACCAAAGAUUUUUUCAAAAUUGAUAUGAAAAGGGCGAAAAUUAAUAGAGAAACAGUUCUUCCACUCAAUUCAAGGGAACGGAAGAUAUAUGUUAAUAUAAAAUCAACAAAAUUAACUGAUGUUGAGAAGAAAAAAUUGAAGAAAGCUGUAACAACUUUGGCUACUAUCAACAUGAAGGCCGCAAUUUACAUUGGUAUAGAUUACUGUUUAUACUGGAUUUUGAAUUUAAUAAGCUAUUAUGGAAGGUUUCAGUCCAAGGUUCAAGCACCGAAUAUACCUUCUCCUCAUAUAAGUGGUAAAGGACUAUUAGCUGAUCUUCUGAGAAGUAUUGUUUUGGCGUUUCAACCAAUGGGUUUACAAAUUGAAGUCGAUACAGUACCAUGUUUGCCUACCCCUUUGCCACCUGAUUUAGAUCGCUACAUUCAGAUAGCUGCGUUAUUGAUGCUUUGUUGGUUACUGACUCUUUUCGAACCUUAUGGUUUAAGAUUUAGGACAUUUAUAAUGUGCUAUUAUCAUCCGCUAAGAGGGAAACAAAGGGCAAUUUGGUUAUAUAAUAAUAUUUUGAGAAAAAGGACAUCGUUUUUGAAAUUUGCAAGAAGACAGCUAAGAAGAACAGUACUUUCCGACAAAACAGUUGAAAAAGUUAAGAUAUCAGAGUUUUUGGCAGCUAAUUUCAGGUGUUUUGCAAUGUGUCUGGAUAAACAGCAAUUAGCGUGUCUGCUUUGUGGAAAGAUCUUUCGAGAAAAUGAUACAGAAAAACCAAUAAGAUGUCAAACCCCAAACUGUCCCGGUUUGUAUUGCGAAGAAUGCUUCGCUGAUUUGAGGAAUUUAUGUACUGUUUGCCUAUCCCCCAUUGAUUAUGGUGAUUUAUCUGAUUUAAGCGAAGAAAAGGAUUCUUCUGAGGAAGAAAUACCGCCAAUACGAGAAAGAAAAAUCAAAGAUGGCAAACGAAAGCAAACAAAACGUUGUAUAUCCGCUUUCAAAAUAUGUUCAAGGAAACGGGAAACCUUAGAAGAAGAACCAUUGUUACCCAUCACAGCUCAAGACAAACAAAAAAGAGGAUUUUUUACAAGAAUUUUCUGUAGAGAACAGAAAAAGAAUAGUGCACAAAUAGAAGAUUUUCCUCUUUAUAAACAAAAAUCGAAAAGUCAUGUAUCGAAACUUUCCCAAGUUGAGUUUAACGAAGAGGAAGAAGGUAACGUAGAAGAAUAUUCGAGCAAAGAAGAAUUGGAAGAAGCAGACAUGGAAGUCGUGAAUCUCUUGGAAAGCACAGACACAGAAACAGACUCGGGUCAAGUUACUGGAACCGAUACAUCUACGGAUUAUUCUUAUUCUUAUCAAUACUCCAAAGAUAAGAACGGAAUAGAUCCAUUGGAAAUUCCAUCCCGAGACGUAGAAAAGCAGUCCAUUCCGGAUUAUGCCAGUAUGGACAGUUUUAGACAAGGAAUAGAUCAAUACAAGCAAGAAUUUACUUCUGAUGAAGAAAAUGUUUCAUUGGUCUCAAAUGGAAACGAUACUGAUAUAGAAGAAAAUGAAGAACUUCAGAGACUUCUGGUAGGAACGGAUUCUUCGAAAAUCAGUACAAGCGACGGUACACUCGAUAAUACGUCUGCUCAGAAAAGUUUUACAGAGUUGACGUCUACUGAAAAAGUUGAAGAACGAAUAGAUAUAGGAACUACUAUUUCAGGUGACACUAUGGCUAGAUUGAGACAAAAUCAGCACAUCGAGUUCAUUGGUGUGAAAAACACUGACAUGGAAAAAUCAAAAAUAAAACGUAAAAGAAAGAAGAAACCAAAAAAUGAUGACAGUAUAUGCAGUUGCCUGGAUUCUGAAGAUGCAAUUAGAUAUCUGGAGAAACCAUCAGCAGCUGUAAUAAGAAAAAGUACUACCUUUACAAGUACCCAACGUGAAAGACGCCCUAAUAGGAAAAGAAGAUUAUGUGAAUGUAGACAAAAAAUGUGUAAAUGUAAUAUAUCAUUAAGUUCUGAUGAACCCAACAGUAGUGAUUCUUUUCCAUUCAAGUCUUCAACUGAUUUAAGUUCAUCACUUCAUCAUAAAAGAGAAGAAAAUUAUGAGGAAUUCGAAAUGAAAGAGAAGGAGGAACGGCAUAAAAGCACCCAAGUUAGACAAAAACCAAGGAAACCUAAUAUGCUGAAGAUGUUUAUGAAAAAAAUUAGACCAAAGAUAUAUGCUAUAGAUACAAGAGCGGACAACAAAAAAACUAAAAACAUCAUUCGAACAACGGAAAUGAAAAUACUAUGCGGGUGCACACUAAGAGACAGAAAGAGAAACACAGACAUAAGACACGAAUGUGAGGUAGAAGACAUAGUCAGAUGGGGACGUAAACGUAGAAGAGCUUGGAACGAACACGUGGGCAGGAUGACCAAAGAAAGAUUAGAAAAGAUGGCACGAGACGGUAAACCAGGGACCCGACGACCUUUAGAAAGACCUACAAAAAGAUGGAUCGAUUCAUGGACAUCAACAUCUCAAGGAUGA